GCCUUUCAUUCUUGGGCUGUUUAUCGGUGUGCCAGAUGAACGACUCAUUCUGCCACCCCGACCGAAGAUUCCCAGUGCUGGGCAAGAGGGAAAAAAAUCAGUGGAGAUGUCUGGGCUGAACCACGGGAGAGAAGUAAAGGAAUGGAUAGGAAUAUAAGGAGCAGAUGCCGGCUCAGCGUCCCUGGCGGUUAGGAGGACAGGCUGGGCCAUGCCGGUGGUGCUGGGGUUUGAAGGCAGCGCUAACAAGAUUGGUGUGGGAGUGGUCCGGGAUGGCACGGUGCUGGCGAACCCGCGGCGGACUUACGUCACGCCUCCGGGCACAGGAUUCCUUCCAGGUGAUACUGCUAGGCAUCACCGAGGUGUUAUCCUGGACCUGCUACAGGAGGCACUGACGGAGGCUGGAUUAACCUCCCAGGAUAUUGAUUGCAUUGCCUACACCAAAGGCCCUGGCAUGGGUGCCCCACUGGUUUCUGUGGCUGUUGUGGCCCGCACUGUGGCCCAGCUGUGGAAUAAGCCAUUGCUGGGCGUGAACCACUGUAUAGGCCACAUUGAGAUGGGCCGCCUUAUCACUGGAGCCACCAGCCCAACUGUGCUGUAUGUCAGCGGAGGAAAUACACAGGUGAUUGCAUAUUCAGAACAUCGUUACCGCAUCUUUGGGGAAACCAUCGAUAUUGCUGUGGGUAAUUGCCUGGAUCGUUUUGCUCGAGUGCUGAAGAUUUCCAAUGACCCAAGUCCAGGCUACAAUAUUGAACAGAUGGCAAAGCGAGGCAAGAAGCUAGUUGAGCUGCCAUAUACAGUAAAAGGGAUGGACGUCUCAUUCUCGGGGAUCCUGUCUUUCAUUGAGGAUGUAGCCCAGCGAAUGCUGGCCACAGACGAAUGUACUCCUGAGGAUUUAUGUUUCUCUCUGCAGGAAACUGUGUUUGCAAUGCUGGUAGAGAUCACAGAGCGAGCCAUGGCACAUUGUGGCUCCCAGGAGGCCCUCAUCGUGGGAGGUGUGGGGUGUAAUUUGAGGCUACAGGAAAUGAUGGAGACAAUGUGCCAGGAACGUGGAGCCCGGCUUUUUGCCACAGAUGAGAGAUUCUGCAUUGACAAUGGAGCCAUGAUAGCUCAGGCUGGCUGGGAGAUGUUUCGGGCAGGGCACAGGACCCCACUCAGUGAUUCUGGGAUCACACAGAGGUUUUCUGUGUUUUUUCACAGGUAUCGGACAGAUGAAGUAGAAGUGACCUGGAGGGACUAAUGAGGUUAACAGGAUCAGAGUAGAUAGUGCCCUAAGUGGAGCCUCCAGGAACUUGGGCCUUAAUCUCUAUCCUGAGCUGGGUGUCCUGGCAAGGCUGUGGACUCCUGUCUCCCAUCCUUUGAACCUCAAGUUGACUCAGCAAUAAAAUAAAAUAUUUUUGGUUUUUUAUGUUGGUAA